AUGGGCGACCGGGAGCGCAACAAGAAGCGGCUGCUGGAGCUGCUGAGUGCGGCGGGCACCGGCAACGCUCAGUGCGCGGACUGCGGGGCAGCAGAUCCUGACUGGGCUUCUUACAAGCUGGGAAUCUUCAUUUGUCUGAACUGCUCCGGUGUCCAUCGUAAUUUUCCAGACAUCACCAAAGUGAAAUCCCUGAGACUUGAUUUCUGGGACGACAGCGUUGUGGAGUUUAUGACCCACAAUGGGAACCUCCGUGUGAAGGCCAAGUACGAAGCCCGAGUCCCUCCUUUCUACUAUGUCCCCCAGGCUGAUGACUGCCUGGUCUUAAAGGAACAAUGGAUUCGCGCUAAGUACGAGCGACAGGAGUUUAUGGCGGACGGGAAGGUCAUGUCACCCCCAGCAUCCGGUUACCGAGAGGGAUUCCUGUGGAAGCGGGGAAGAGACAAUGCACAGUUCCUGCGGAGAAAGUUUGUCCUUCUGGCCAAAGAAGGCCUCUUGAAGUACUUCACUAAAGAAGAGGGGAAAGGCCCCAAAGCCGUCAUCAGCAUCAAGGACUUGAAUGCCACCUUCCAGCCAGAGAAGAUAGGGAACCCCCACGGGCUGCAGAUCACCUACAGGAGAGACAGUGGCACCAGGAACCUGUUUGUGUAUCAUGAAAGUGGGAAGGAGAUAGUGGACUGGUUCAAUGCCCUUCGCGCAGCUCGUCUGCAGUACCUAAAGAUGACCUUUCCUGAUCUUCCAGAAUCUGAGCUCAUACCCCUCAUCACCAGGAAUUACCUCAAACAAGGCUUCAUGGAGAAGACUGGUCCAAAGCAGAGAGAGCCUUUCAAGAAACGGUGGUUCGCCCUGGAUCCUCAAGAGCGGAGGCUGCUCUACUACAAGAACCCUCUGGAUGCUUUUGAGCAGGGCCAGGUGUUUAUCGGAAGCAAAGAACAAGGCUAUGAAGUCUGCGAAGACCUGCCCAAAGGCAUCCGGGGCAAUCGCUGGAAAGUGGGCCUCACCAUGGUCACCCCGCAGCGGAAGUUUGUGUUCACCUGCCCCUCAGAGAAAGAGCAACGUGAAUGGCUGAAGAGUCUGCAGGACGUCCUGUCCUUCCCCUUCACCCCGCUCAGCCUCCUUGCUAUGUCAACAGAGAGUGGCCUCGGGAGCAGCAGCAGGUGA